AUGUUGUGCAGCGGUAACUGCAAAUCUUCAGUAUUUGAUAUUCACCGAAACUGCCCAAACUGUUCAUACAAGCUUUGUGUGAGGUGCUGCCAAGAGAUUAGAAACGGCUUUGUUUCGUACAGUAAAGUGACAAAUAACGGUAACAUUAUUUGUCCACCUCAAGGCAUGGGGAGUUGUGGUCCUAGGAUUCUGGAGUUGAAGUCCACGUAUCCAGUUAACUGGAUAUCGGAACUGCUAACAAAAGCAGAAUCAGUAGCUGAUGCUCAUGAACCUUCUGAAGGAGCAUGCUCAUGCUCGGGAUACAAUCGAGGGAGUGAAUCGGAUAACUUCCGUUGUCCCACAAUUGAGGGCGUUGAAACAGCGGACCAAAAACAUUUCCAAUGGCACCUAUAUAAAGGUCAGCCGGUAAUAGUCCCUAACGUCCUUAGCAGAACAACUGGGUUGAGUUGGGAACCAUUAGUCAUGUGGCGUGCUUUUCGCAAAAUUAAAAGCACUCAUGACUUGCGUAUUCUGGAAUUCAGCGUAACGAACUGCUUAAAUUGGUGUGAGGAAACAAUUAACAUACACCAAUUUUUCAAAGGAUACACUGAAGGCUUCUGGGACAGUGAAGGUCGGCCCAAAAUAUUAAAGUUGGAGGAUUGGCCUCCAGCGGAAUCAUUUGCAGAACGAUUGCCGAGGCAUUUCCAAGAGUUUGUAAAAUGCUUGCCUUUCAAGCAUUAUACUCAUCAAGCUGGCUACCUCAACAUGACAGCUAAAACACCAAAGAAAUCUUUGAAGCCAGAGUUGGGUCCAAAGAUAUGCUUUGGUUAUGGAGUCGAUGAGCACCUUGGCUUUUGUUCCGCAUCCAAGCUCCAAUAUGGUCUUUCAGAUAUGGUCAAUAUCUUGAUGCAUACUGCUGCCCAGGAUCCAGUUGUAUCUUCUGCAAGUAAUGAGAAAGCAAAUGAAAAGGUCAUGAGAAAUCAGCAAAGUGAAAGGGAAAAUAAAAAUAAAGGAAAAGAAAAAAUCGAUUCUUCAACCUCAGCAAACAAUGAGCAAAGGUUCGAUGACCAAAGAGGUGGUGCUGUCUGGGACGUUUUCAGGAGACAAGAUGUUCCUAAAUUGGAGGAAUAUCUUAGAAGGCAUUAUGGACAGUUCAGACAUAUAUUCCCUCUGCAACAAUUGUUUCACCCUAUUCAUGAGAAAGCAUUUUACUUAACGGUGGAGCAUAAAAGGAACCUGAACGCACAAUAUGGAAUCAAACCAUGGACUUUUAUUCAGAAAUUAGGAGAUGCAGUUAUUGUACCAGCUGGCUGCCCUUAUCAAAUUAGGAAUUUAAAGUCUUGCACAAGUGUCUCUGCUAACUUCGUUUCACCUGAAAGUGUUGGUGAGUGCAUCCGUGUAUCAACGGAAUAUCGGCGUCUCCCUCACAAUCAUAGUUCUAAGGAAGACAAAUUGCAGGUGAAAACAAUGGUUCUCUAUGCCGUAUGCCAAGCUGUGCAAUACUUGGAAAGGAUUGAUCUGCCUCUAAGAUUGGUCAACGCUGAUACGUUAGAUGAGCUGGUGUGGCGUGGCUGGAUAAGGCACAAUUUAUCGCGAAUCGCUGCAUUGACUUUACUAAUGAAGGAAAAUUCAGACGAAGCGGCCCAAUCUGAAGGGGAGAUACGUAUACCUAGUCUUGCAGAAGUGAAGAGGGAGUUGGAGAGGAUGAAAUUGAUUCUCGAAACAAAAGGCCACCUUAUUGACCCUCAUAUCAAAGCCUAUCUUUUACAAGAGACUUUGCGCCUCCUUAACAAAGUGAACACUGCCGCCGAGUCUUCUACGUCUCAGUGA